CCUCGAUGUAGGCUACAGCUCGGACGGACAAAUGAUUGUCAAUGGAAUACUUGACACAGCCCAGCUCGAAUCACUAUCGGUUUGUGCGUCCGCUCCUCGGCGUUCCGUACCCUUAUCUUUACAGUUUUGUUAUUUUUCAGAAUUGACCAAGAUGUAGGCUAACCAGCUGUUUUUGAUCCGGACGAGGGGAACGGGAAAAAAAUUGCAAAUGUAAAAAACAAAUAAUGUCGUGAGUCGCUGGAAGUUUCGUGCGUUUUCCCAUUAGAACGUUCUGAUUUGGGGAUGACUCGUCCACUUUGAAUAUACAGUUGAUAUUCAUCGCAAAGUGUGGUAGGUUAUUUUAUGAUCAGAUGUAGGCUACUCUUUGUAACGCAUUUUGCCAUACGCUUCUAGUCAAUUUGGGUACUAAAAUGCUACUGUUCGUGAUCUAUUUAAGUUUUCGUCCUUUUUGUAUUUUCUGUCGAAUUACAGGAGACUGAAGUAGGCUAGGGUAUCCACAUUGCAUGUGGUGUAGUCGGAACGGAAUAGUCGGUCAUCAAACCAGUAAAGGAACACUAGGACCUCGUGGGGACUUGUUCUUAUCCAAUUCGUGUAAUAGUGGCAAAUAUAUCUGCUCAAGUAGACUAUUUUUUUUUUUUUUUAUAAAAACGUUUUGAAUGAUUAUUAUUUCUUAUCAUUAGAGAGCUGUUUUAUAUUCCAUGUUAUUAUUGUGGUCUCUGUAAAAGCUCGGGGAACCUUUUUGAUCGAACUUCUUGCGGGGUGCCAGAGGGCAUGGGAGAAGCAAGUCCCGCAGCAGGAGGGUUCGUACCAAUGUUAGGUCUUGGUAUGGUGGGCUCCAUGCCAGUCGGGGGGGUUACGGGGCCGCUCGCGAGCUCCCGGGGCUCUGCCGUUCCGCAGCUUCACAGCGCCAUAGUGGAACGGUUACGCGCGCGGAUAGAACUGUGUCGAAGGCAUCACUCCACCUGUGAGAACCGGUACCAGCGAGGCCAGGCCGAGAACUCUGACCGGGAACACGAGAGUACUCUUCACCUGCUGAACAUUGUGCAUCAGGGACCCGGGAAUAGGAAAACCAAGGGGAGCCGGGCUUCGAACCAACAACCUCCAGACUACAGCAGAGUUAAUGGAGAACAGAAAUGCCAGAGCUCCUCAGAGGGAGACCAGAAGAUCUCUACACGAAUAGCACUCCAAGGGUCUCUGAGGAGGAAGAUCGAGGGCCAUACUCCUGGCUACUCCAAGCAACAGAAUGGCCUGUCCUGUGGGCCGUCGGGGCUGGACUUCAAACGUGUCCGUCUGGAGGGGGGCAGCGGCGGUUUGGGUGGGCACGGACCCUGUUCCUUCAGCUCUGGGCAAUCACAGUCCAUGGGAGGCGGUGCUUCGUCCAUAGGCCACACCCUAAACAGGAAAAACAACAACAGCAGCUACAUGAUGCCCCAUGGGGUCGUGAACUCUGACCUCAUCAACAUGACCCUGAAGGAGAUGAAGAAGGAACCUAUAGACCAUGUUACUUCCUGCGGCCAGAGGUCUACAGAGAUGAUGGUGUUCGACUUUAAAGAUGAGGUCGGCAGCAGUCAGAUCGACCCGGAGCUUCAGGAUCUGUUCGACGAGCUGACGAAGACCGUCCCGUCUCUGAACGACCUGGAGUUUGAGAAGAUGCUGAAGCAGGAUGAUACGUUCGGCCUGGUGGAGCUGGAGCGCGGCGCGUCUACCCUCUGCUCCCACCUGGAGAAGCCCAUCAAGAUGGAGUACUCCUCUCCAGACUACGGCCAGACACACGGCCAUGGUGGCUCCUCACAGCUCCGCCCGGCGUCCGCUGGUCCCUCUUUCACAAUGUCCAGCUCCUCCCCCAUCACCAACCAGAAGAGCCAAGGCCAGGGGCCCUCGGGGCUGGCCGGACCCCCCAGCAGAGGACUCCCUGGCUGGCCUGAGGUGUCCCACGCGGCGCAGCUAAAGCAGAUGGCAGCCAACCAGAACCAGCAGCAGCCCAACCCCCAGGCCCUGCUCCACCACCAACACCCAGCUGGACCAGGGAGUAGCUGGGACACACAGCCCUCCUCCAGCUCCUUCCCCCAGGACAAGCUCUCCAACCCGGCCUCGAUGGGCCAGAGGAUCACCCCCCAGACCUCCAUGGACAGUCAGGGUAAAAGCGUGAACAACUGUCUGUUCAAGCCCAACGGACACAACGGCUCCAGCCACCUGGAUAUGAAGGUGCUCAGCAACAAGCCCAUGCUCCACUUCAGCCCCAAAGCAUCCCAGCAACCCCCCACUAUGGCAGGUCCACUGAGUAAGACUACAGCCCAUCAACAACAACAACAACAACAACAGCCGUCCACCUCAGCCCAGAACCUGAACCAGAACCACCCAGUUCAUAACUACCAGAACCCCCAGCAGCAGCUGCCCAUGUCUGGGUCUCCUCACUUGCAGACUAAGGCCCUGGCCCAGAGAACCCCUCUCAGCCAGCCUGGAUCUGGACUCCACUUUAAACUGAGUCAACAACGACAGAUGCCCCCUGGGCCUCGUCUGCCUACCAACGGCAGCCUAGUGGGAAUGUCAGCCCAGCCCCAGUCCCAGGCCAACCAACGUCCCCCUGUCCCUGGAUCCAACACCCAGCAGAAACCCCCAGGGCCAGGGAAGACCCAGGUCAUGCAGAGACAACUAUCCCAGCAGCAGCACAUAAUCAAUGACUUGGACAAAAGCAGUAGUAACCAGGAUCCGUUUAACCGUCAUCUAACCAGACCACCACCAGAUUACAAACAGCCCAGAGGAAUGAUCCAACCGACAGGCCUUUUCACAGGUAUGAAUUCCUCCCAGUCGUUGUCGACCAACGGGCCUGACCAGAUUGACCUUCCGUCCAUGUCCUGCCACAUGCCCAGCGGCCCGGGAUCCAAGAUGACCCCUCCUCCCACGGACUGGAGGUUUGGAAGCGGCCCCCACCCUCACCAGCUCCAACAGCACAACAACCAGACCAAGAUGGGACUAGGAGUCGGAGGAGGACUCAACCAAAACAAAUCCAGGUUCCCUGGUCCUCCCAACGGCCAGGGUAAUGGGUUUGAGGUGGGUGGUCUUACCAGCGUACAACAUCCCACAAGGACAUCAGUAGGCCAGCAGGGUGGAGGGAUGCCCAGCCAGGGGCAGGGUCAGGGGCUGGGGGGUGUAAUGGGCUGGCCUCCUGGAGCUAAACCACCCAUCAUGGGCCCUGGGCCUGGGUCUCUUGGGGUGAGGCGGCUCCCGAACUCGCUCCAACCCCAGGGGGGCCAGUCCCGGUCUCAGCUCGACAUGUCCAGCCACCAGUACUCUCUUGGUCCCCGGCACAUAGGCCCCGGCCCACCCAACCAGGUGGCACCAGACAUUGGCAUGCUGCCUCCGAACCCAGCCCUCCGCAGCUCCACCACCAACCCCAGACCCAGCCAACCCAUGAUGCCUCCUCUGCCAGGGCUACCAAGCCUCAACCAGGCUUCUCCGGAGCAGAGGGUCCCCGCUGGGGGCAGCACCAUCGGGGUCUUCCCACCACAUAACCACAACCCUGGGGGCAGCACCAUCGGGGUCUUCCCACCACAUAACCACAACCCUGGGGGAAGCUACCAGACCCAGAACCAGAACAGCAGCCGGGCUGUUAACCGGUUGACCUUUGAAUUCCUCCAGGAGGGAGACAACACCGUCCCAGGGAUCAACACUGACUCAGACUUCAUCGACUCGCUGCUGAAGUCCGGAUCCGGCAACGACGACUGGAUGAAAGACAUCAACCUCGAUGAGAUCCUGGGCAGUCACUCAUAAAGUGGGAUGAAGUAGGAUUGCAUAAAUAGGGCCCAGAGUUUUCCCCUGCAGCUUUCAUGAAUUGGGGUUCAUUCCAGAGAGUUUUCCCCUGCAGCUUUCAUGAAUUGGGGUUCAUUCCAGAGUUUUUCUCUUCAAGUCUCAUGAAUUGGGGUUCAUUGCAGAGUUUUUCUCUGCAAGUCUCAUGAAUUGGGGUUCAUUCCAGAGAGUUUUUCUCUUCAAGUCUCAUGAAUUGGGGUUCAUUACAGAGUUUUUCUCUUCAAGUCUCAUGAAUUGGGGUUCAUUACAGAGUUUUUCUCUUCAAGUCUCAUGAAUUGGGGUUCAUUACAGAGUUUUUCUCUUCAAGUCUCAUGAAUUUGGGUUCAUUCCAGAGAGUUUUUCCAUAGAAAGAUUCCACAGGAUUGGUGGCCAGUUUUUCCAUUAAAAAAUUCCAUAGAAUUGGGAGCGCUGGUCAGGAGUUUUUCCAGGUCAGGUGGGUCGUGUCGUGUGGAAAAACCUCCUGGCCUUAGUUAUAGGCCAGCUCCUCUCUUUCUCCUGGUCAGGAGAAACUCCAGGAUCCAUCCUUAAAUACAGAUAACUUCACACGCAGAACUUUCCCCAUACAGAGGCUGUGGAUGGCCUUGGGUCUGUCCCAAAUAGCACCCUAUUCCCUUUAUAGUGCACUACUUCAGGCCAGGGUCCAUAGGGCUAUGGAGAAAGUAGUGCACUAUAUAGGGAAUAGGGUGCGAUUUGACAGACAGCCCCAUGGAUGGCCAUGAGUCAGAAUUCACCUAAAGGGAUUACAUUUGCAAAGCUCUAAAUAAUUUUUUUCAACCCAAUAUAUAAUUUGGUAUCUAAUUGUACUUUUUGUGUAUUCCUGUGAAUAAAUAUAUAUUAUGUAUAAUAAUAUUUUAGUACUUUUUUUAAAGGUUCAUUUUGUUUUCAAAGGUCUAUUGAAUAAGAUCCUGGGAGAUUCUCUGACAGCAUCUUGAACUGAUUCUGAAUAUAUUCUAUCAGACCUUUCUCUUUCCAUAACAUGGGCUUUGUCCAAAAAUGGCACACUAUACCCUACACAGUGCACUACAUAGUCUUGACCUUGUAGUGAAUAGGAUGUCAUUUCAGACACAGAUAUAGCCUGCGUUCCGAAUGGCAUCCUAUACCCUACACAGUGCACUACUUGUGAAUAGAGCCAUAUGGGCCCUGUACUACAUGGGGAAUAGGGUUCCAAUCAUGGUCAAGCACACUGUGAACAGGAAGUGGCUGUCAUACUUCCAGACUUUGUCCCAAAUCACACUGUAUUCCCCUUAUAGUGUACUACCACAUAAUGAUGCUCUGGUCCAAAGUAGUGCACUAUAUAGGGAAUAGGGUGCCAUUUGGGACGUAUCCCCAGACUGACCGUGGUGUUUCAUGUUUCUGAACACCGUUUGUGAGCAUGAGGAGGAUGCUGCCUCUGCGGUCAGGUGUUUUUUACUGGUCCAAUUAUUAUUAUUACAAGCUUUUUGUCUGGGACUGUAUUGGAUGGCGAGCUACAAAUCUUACCCAUUUAUUUUAGAUUUUUGAUCUAAUAUUUAAUAAUCUAUUGGGAAAAAUUAUAUGACAGUAUAAACAAUCUAAUUAAUAAAAAUGUUUUAAAUAAAG